UACAGCUGCGUGUAUCAGAGCGAGCCUGAGAGCGAGCAUUUUUUGCUAGCUACCGAGCGACCCCAUCUGAUAUACACGGAGAUUUUCACUCGAUUUUCUAAAGCCUUUCUACCUUCCAACGACUUGUGCACCUUUAUCCCUUCACCUGGACCUUUGGGACACACAUCUGACAGGAGACAGUCCCAUCUUUCUUCCACAGAGCAGCAGGACUUGGUGCGAAGCACGAUGCCUCGUGGUAAGUCCUAUCGCCGCUCUCUGGCAGCCAAGAAGCGAAUGGCAGAGCAGCGAAGCGCUGGCGUUGAACGCUUCAACGCCAGUCCCUAUGGCUCCAGCAAUGCCAGUGCACGGCAUGGUACUGGGUACCGCCAUCCCGUGCAGAAAUGGCCAGUUUCGUCGCUGUCUGGGAAGCAGCACAAACUGGUGUUUAUGCCUGAGUCUCCUGACAAGAAGUUUGUUCUUCUUGUGGGUGAUUCCCACCUUCGUGCCAUCGCCGACCGGCACGUGUCCAUGCCAGAGGGAAGGUUUUCCUUUGGCAUCAUGUCUACACCCGGGGGCGCUGCUCAUGAUUUGAGGGCUGAGCUUGUGCACGCUCACGUCCCUCGAACUCCUGAUGCAGUUUGUCUUCUGGCCCCAUCCAACAACCUCACACAUUCCAGGACCAUCUCAGAUGCUGGUGCCGACUUCACCGAGCUUCUGAAUGCUGCCUGCAACCGGUGGUCCAACGUUGUAGUGGUGGAUUUCCCCCCCCGCUUCAACUGCGACCAGCAGUACCAAGAACUGCUGCGCCAGGAAUUCCAUAGGGUUUGUGUCCGCUUGGGUGUGCGGUAUUUUCCAACGGCAUGUCACUUUCCGUUGGAGAACACAGACCUGUGGGCUAGAGAUGGCAUUCACCUGUCAGAACCUGAGGGCAUGAGCGUGCUAUCACAGCUGAUGUGGCAGGCUGUUUACGUUACACUUGACACAGUGCCACAACCCCCCGCUGUGAAAGCACCCCUCAGACCACUAGCACCAUGCAUCAAGCCAAAACUUGUUGUGAAGGGUGAGGACACUCCACCACGUCCUCCGGUGAACCCCUUCGUGUGGCGCACUGUUCAAAGGGGCAAAGAGGGGAACUCAUCAGGGGAGCCUGGCCGGUCCUCUGGUGUGCUUCCUCAGAGAAGGAAGGUACAAAAGCAGGUGGUGAAGGAGUGUACCAUCCCGCUAAACCCAGUCUGGUUUAGCUUUGCCCUGUUGGAUGAGAUGGACAAGCUUGUGCCAUCUCAUCUCCCUGGUACCGCGGUUCCAGAGGGCAAGCAGAAGGCCUUUGUGGAGCGCAGGAGGAGUGCUGCCUCCAAGAGGAGUCGGUCCGACCGGCAGGCGGAGGCAGUACCUAGCGUGGUGGUUGUGAAGGCGAGGGUCACUUCUUCCACGUUCAUGCGGGAGACGGCGGAGGCGGAGGAGGCGGUUCCGAGUGUUGUGGGAGCGUCCCCCGAGUCCCCUGUCCAGUCCCCCGACCAGGCUGCGCCGGUGGAGGGUCCUGCCCGCCCCCAUCGCACUCAAAGGCCCGUCAAAGUGUGAUAAUGUUAUUUGUUUAGUGCUA